GUGCAGUCGUGACGUCGGCGGUUGCCAUGGAGAGGCCCGCUUGGUAGGGACCGCGAGCCGACGCCAGGGGCCGCAGGGUCGCAGCGUGGCUUUGAAGUCGAGUCCGCUACCACCAUGAGCGGCCGAAGUCGCGGUAGAAAGUCCUCCCGCGCCAAAAGCCGGGGCAAAGGCCGUGCCAAAGGCCGAGUCCGCGCCGCUCCUGACGACGCCCCACGCGACCCGGACCCUCCACAGUGCCAGAGGCUCGGGGAGGAGACCCAGGCGGCACAGGUGCAGGCUGGCGCGGGUUGGGGUGGCCUGGAAACCGCUGCGCCCGCGCCGCCCCGCCGGCCUGGGGAAGAGAGUGCCUGCCAGCUCCCCCUGGACUGUGGCCUCGCGCUCCGCGCCCGGGCUGCGGGGGAUCGCGGGCAGGCCCCGACCAGGCCCGGCCCAGGAAAGGCCACAUCCCUCUCGGAGCGCCUGGUAACAGACACUGUCUUCGUGGGGACCGUGGGGACCGUGGGAAGGCCGAAAAAUGGCCCCCGCGUUGGAAAUCGGCGUGGCCUCGCUGGGAAGAAGGCCCCAGAUACCUGUAGCGCAGUAGGGAGGGGAUCUCCAGCCAUAGCCGGUGGGAAGCCUAAGAAGGGGACCACUGGGGAGGCUGCCUCCGUUCCAGUGGUAGAGGAAAAUAAGGCGGAGGAGGAGGCAGGGUCGGGGCCCCCGGCUACAGAUGGCAGCAUGGAUACGCUGGAGAAUGUCCAGCUGAAGCUGGAGACCAUGAACGCCCAGGCGGACAGGGCCUACUUGCGGCUCUCACGCAAGUUUGGGCAGUUGCGACUGCACCAUUUAGAGCGUAGGAACCUCCUCAUCCAGAAUAUCCCCGGCUUCUGGGGACAGGCUUUCCAGAACCAUCCCCAGCUCUCGUCCUUUCUGAACAACCAAGAUAAAGAGGUACUCAGCUACUUGAAUAGCUUGGAGGUGGAAGAGCUUGGCCUCGCCAGACUGGGCUACAAAAUCAAGUUCUACUUUGGGCGUAACCCCUACUUCCAGAAUAAGGUGCUCAUCAAGGAGUACGGGUGUGGGCCCUCCGGUCAGGUGGUGUCCCGGUCUACUCCAAUCCAGUGGCUCCCGGGGCAUGAUCUCCAGUCCCUAAGCCAGGGGAGCCCAGACAACAGCCGCAGCUUCUUCGGGUGGUUUUCAAACCACAGCUCCAUCGAGUCUGACAAGAUUGUGGAGAUAAUCAACGAGGAAUUGUGGCCCAAUCCCCUGCAGUACUACCUUAUGAGCGAAGGGGCCCGGGUGGAGAAAGGAAAGGAGGGCAAGCCAGUUCCAGCAAGGCCGCCAGGGGAGACCGCCGAGCCUGCAGACAACAAGUCCAACUGAAUCUGCACACCUCUCCCUACUACCUCCUGCUGGACCCGUGCCUGGCUGACCCCCCGUGUUUGGCUGUCUGCCUUUUCUUCAUGUCAGCCUCCUUGCACUGUAUUCCCUUUGGACUUUAGUUACAAGAAUAUGGCAUUUACGAUCAUGUUCUUUUUUGUCUCCCCUUGGCUUUCUUGCUUUUUGACAUUAGUGUCACACGUUACGUGAUCUCACCCCAACUGUUUAUACGUUAAGCAGACAUGCUUCCAUUGUUUGCUGCCUUUUUCUACAUUGUCUGGACCCUGUUCUUGGCUCUGGCCUUCCCCACCUGUUUUUUUAACAGGAAUGCUCAUGAGUCAUCCAGCCAGAGGACUGGUGCCUCUUCAAGCUCUGCUCCUCCAGGGCCUGUGACUUGCUGAGCUUCGUGUUCCUCCUGGCCAUGCAUGCCAUCUGUGGCAUUUCUCUUGCCACUGCAGAAUGAAGCUAAUGCACUUGGUAUUAGCCAUCAGCCAAAACUGAUUGUUCCAUGGCUCUGGGGUUGCCAGCCAACGUGCCACCAACAGGAUCUCUGCCUUUGGCCAGGAGCUCAUGCUGCCCUCCUAGACUUGGAUGAGGUUGUGGGUGAGAAGCAGUAUGCCGUGUGUUCUGAACCAUCGUGCAUCUCUUCCUGCCUCUGGGCCUCUCUCCUGAACCUUCAUCAAGGUCUGCACCAUGCCUCAUCACUCUCAGGCCACUGAGUUUUGUCUAGGUUGCUACUGGCCCCAGUUGGCUUCCUGGCCAACAAGGACCUCAAGAACUGCCUGUGGACCCAGGCCUCCUGCCAGUUCAUGAGACACACUUACUCUCCUCAGCCUUCUAGGAUCCCUACUGGCUGCCAGACUGAUGGGUGGGCUGGUAUGUGUGGACACAUGCUCACUGUCAUCAAGCUGUGGCUGCAGGUAUGGCCUUGUGUAUGUGGAAGAUUAAUGCUAUGUGCUGCUUCUUUUGUCUCUAAGUAAAUCUUACCACUUACCCCAUUUUUUGCAUAAUGGGAAAAUAGAGCUGUACAGGUCGCUUUUUUUUUUUUGCUAUUUAAAAAAAAAUUUUUUAAAGCUUUUCCCUCUUUAUUACGGACAUUUUCAGAAAUGCACAGAAAUGGAGAGGAUGGUCCCAGGACCCCGUGUGCCCAUCACCUAGCUACGUCAGUUAUCAAUUGUGAUCCACCUGGUUUCAUCUGUAUCUCGCUCUCCCCGCCUGUAUUGCUUAUCGAAAGUCCAAGACACUGUGCCAGUUCAACCAGGACUGCUUUGGGAGAAUGGGACUCCCUUUGGUGGUGAUGGUGGUGGGGUGCACUGUCAUUAUCACAUCAGGUCUGCUUUUUGCUUUUCAUGUUAACUAAUGAAGUUCCAGAGACGGGUCUUAGAAUUGAAAGUCUUCAGAAUUAACAAGUCUCAAAAGGAGCUGUCGGGGGUGCUGCCUUUUCCCUGCAGCCACAAAAGGAGAGAGAGACCAUCCUGUUGUACACUCUUUCAGAGACUUGCCAGUCUUUGAUAAGGGGCUUACUUGAGACCUUUCACCAGAAUAUCAGCCUUUUUUCCUGUGUAAGGUGGAGACUUGUGUGACUAUUAGAAUUGUCAUCAGCUUGUCCUGGUCUCAUAGUAUAACUCUGGGCUUUAAUACUCUGGAAGUAUAAUUCGGAAAUUGUUGCUAUGUUCUGUGAAAAUAACCUCCCAAAAGUGAUCAGUAACUGGCUGUCUUACUUGGUAAUUUGACACCCUGGUAAUAAUGAAAUUAUUUUUUGUUCCAAAACAGUAUAAAUAGUUGUAAGCUUGCAUGCAUGAUGGAAAAAUAAAACCCUGUAUCUGUUA